CCCUGACCACCCCGACCCGCCUCCCGCCGCAGCUCUGAGGGGGAAGGCGACUUUCCCCGUCCUCAUCCCCGUCAUGGCCGCCCUCCCGCUGUGAGGAGAGGGCUGUGGGGACACGCCAAGGAGGCAGCGGGGCUCUGGCAGGGCCGCCCCCCGCUCCCAACCUCGCCGCCUCACCUGCGCUGCCGGCUCUGAGCCCGCCAUAGCCCCGCCGCAACGCAGCCAACACCUCCCGCCCGCUGCCGCAGCACCGUGGCCGCCAUCUUGGGGGCGGACAUGGUGGUGUUGGUAAGGCUGACGCGGCCGGUGUGCAGCCUCACCAAGCUGCCGCCCCCGGGCACCUGCAGGAACUUCUGGGGAUGGCUGAAUGCCGUCUUCAACAAGGUGGACUACGAGCGCAUCGAAGCCGUUGGCCCUGACAGAGCCGCUUCGGAGUGGCUGCUGCGCUGCGGGGCCCUGGUGCGCUACCAGGGCUACCAGAAAUGGCAGCAGGACUACAACGGCCUCCCCACGGGACCUCUGGAGAGAUACAAGAUAGAAGCAAUCAAUGCCACUGAGUCUUGCAUCAUGUACACAGGAUUUGACUAUUUUGAUGGUCUUGAACAUGUCACAGAAAUCAAGCUGCAGAAGUGUAUUUACAUACAGGACCAGUGCCUGCAGAGGCUCAGUGAGACAAAGAACCUGCAGAAGAGUCUCCUCCAGAUGCAGAUCAUCUCCUGUGGGAAUGUCACAGACAAAGGUGUCAUUGCACUCCACAAGCUGACGAACCUUGAAUAUCUGUAUCUGAGUGACCUUCCUGGAAUAAAACAGAAAGAAACUACUGUUCACCUCCUGCAGCAGGCACUGCCAAACCUGGAGCUAGAGCUGGAUUUGGAAUAAACACAGCUGCACAUCACUGAGGUGUCUUCAGUUUCACAGUAUUUAUCAUGUGUUGCAUAAAUGAAGUUGUAGCUGCUACAUUUCCUGGUAUGGAAGUCAGCCCAGAUCUCCCAAUCCAGCCUGAAAAGCUGGAUGCAGCCUUUUGUGAAAUUAGGUUUUAAGCUUAAACUAUAUGGUGAAUCAGCACCAGAGCAGGUGGGCUUCUGUGCAGUGAUUUUUUUUUUCCUAUUUCUAUAGGAAGCUGUUAAUACAUCAGUAAGUUUUCAGUUAUUUUGUUGCAGAGAAAUUAAAGUGCACAGUGUCAGUGGGAAGAGGGACAGAGCUGUGACACAGCAGCACUGUGCACUCUCACUGUGUGGUGGUGUGGGAAUGAGAGCUGUUUGCUCUCUGGGAAUCUCACCCAGUCACUGGGUGCCGAUGUAUUUAAUAAAAUUAUUUAUGGCCUUUUUGCUGUUCUUCAUG